CUCAGUUUUAGACUAACGUUCGAGCGUGCUGCACACAGCGUAUUCGUGAGCAACCUUUCUGUCUGUGUGAGUGCAUUUGGUUGGCGAGUGACGCGCCGGGAAAGCUAGCCAAAUGUGUCCUUUAGCACGCCCCGCACCGUGAGGACUCGCUGUUGCUAGCAACGGAAAAGCGAAAAAGAUACAAAACAAAACACACAAACGAAGACAAAAAGGCCAUCGUCGAUAAGGACAGAACUGUAUGCGGCCCGAGUGAAGAGAUACUCCAGGCAAAUCCACUAACGAAGCACGUACUCAUCCUCACCGGUCGAUCAAUCUGGCAGAAAACCUCAGACAGUUCGGCUCGAACGCCUCCAGUGGCCCGGACGGCCACCUCUGGGGCUCAGGUUGUUUGGCAACAACCGCAACAACUCGAGACCGAAGUGUAUGUGACCGAGCACCAGCCCCACAGACUCCCGGGUGCCUCACAACUCACCCCUCAAUCACGGAUCUGCGAAACGUGAUCCGAGCGAGCGCACAUUUCUGAUACAGUUCCGAAAGAAACCCGAUACAUCUUUCCUCACCACAAAUUCGUUUUAGUACACGCUUGUUAAGGAUAGAAGGGGCGAGGGGGGGGAGGGGGGUUGGACUGGCAGGUCGCUGAAAGAACGUGUUGGAACGGGGUGGAAGCGAGCGAUAAGCGAGAGUGAUAAGAAAACGACGACACGGACGCCAGUAGUAGUAGCUGUGGUACGACGUCGACCACGAUGACGACGCCGCCUUCGGCUUCGUCAAGUGCGGCAUAAGAUAGUGAAGGAAGGAAGGAUUUGUAACCCGCCCGCCCGUGUGCCAGAACACACAGCGUCCCUAUCUGUGGUGGAGCCCAGCCGACACGGUGUGGGUGGGUGGUUCAGUUUGGGGAAGGUCCGUCGAACGGUGCGGCGAGCGGGGGGGCAAAUUUCCUUCUCGGCACGGAACCGGGAAUCAUCCUCAGCACGGUGUAACCCGGGUAUCAGUGAGCUUUCAUCCGGCGUACGGUGCAGAACGUUUUUCCAGCCGGGGUGCUAAAGAGUUUUCCACGACCGUACGUAGUCCGUCCGUGUGUGCCCGCUGUCCGGCCCAGAGCACGGCUCACUGUUUCGGCCAGUCAAUCAAUCGUUCGCUGCUUUCGCCGUUUAUUGGCAGGGAUUGUUUCGGGUAUAUUAUUAUUCGUUCAUUUAGCAUAAAGUUCUUCACCCGGCCAGACCCGUUCUAUAUCCUGCAUGAGAGCAUCCUUUGCAGCCUUUGUGUUUAACUCAUAAUAUCCAUCCAAGAGCUAGCCUGUUACCAUACAUUUCGCGCCUGCACACACCUCUCUUACUUUGUUUGAGGUUUUUACCAUUAACGUGAUUGUCUUUUGGCAUCGAGCGUACCCACCAACACCAGUUUCCCACUUGAAAUUUCUGCACCGAAACCGGCAAAAUGAAGGUUGAAAUACAGAAUCACGUCGAUCAUCUUCCGGCGCUCAACGGUAUCACCGUUUCGUCCGCCCACGAUCCGCUCAUGCUGGACGAAACAUGUCUGAUGCUAUCGAAUCUUCUGACGAGAAGCAACCGUAUGGCUUCGAAAGCGCCCAGCAUCCGCGAUGGAACGGCCAAUGUCGAUGCGAAGUCGACCGAGAUCGAUCGGCAACUAUCGAUCUCGGUUAUCACGGAGGCUGACACGGAGGACGUUUUGGAUUUGCUGAAACGAUUCUUCUUCAAGGAUGAACCCCUCAACACGUACGUCCAGCUCGGCGAGUGUAAGGAGCUGGAGAAGUACUGCACCAAGAGCCUGGGUGAGCACUCCUCGUACAAGGCCGUCAAUUCGCGGGGUGAAAUUGUGGGAGUCAUCAUUAACGGCACGAUCAUGAAACCGCAACCUGGCGAUGAAGCACCGGCCAAGCUGGCUGACGGCUGUGCGCAUCCCAAGUUCCGCAAAAUCAUGGCCCUGAUGGACCACGUGGACGAGCAGUUCGACAUCUUUGAGCUGUACCCGGACAUCGACCGAUUUUUGGACUGCAAGAUCCUGUCGGUCGACACCAACUACCGUGGCAUGGGCAUUGCGGGCCUGCUGACGGAUCGCACCCUCGAAUACGCGGCCCGGAACGAUAUUAAGCUGAUACACGUGCUGUGCAGCAGCCAUUUUUCGGCCCGCGUCAUGGAGAAGAUGGACUUUACCGAGGUGUUCCGUCUGCCGUACGCCGACUACCGUGUGGACGGGGAGCAGGUGUUCGAGCCGGAGCAGCCGCACGUGGCGCUCAGAAUUCUCACGAAACGGUUAGACCACUAGCUGGCCGCAGGACGGUUCAAUGCUUUUGCGCGCACGCGCUCGCGAUUCGAACAAAAAUGACCCGCUAGGACAUGCCGCUGCUGUUGGGCAUCGAGUAAAUAGGACCGGUUUUUAUUCACUCACGAUGCCACAAUCGGCGCAAUGUCAAUUAAUACCUACAACCGUUUGGAAAGACACCGAUGAACUGUUUUACGAUUCCUCACCGGCCGGGGAGGGGCAUUUUCGGGACAGACAUUCUUCUCCAACGUAACGCAACAAGUCAUACUUGCAAAGUAAUGCAAACUUGUGAUAAUGCUUCUGUUUUACAUGUGCUGCAUUUGAUCAUUAAAAGGGGAAAAUUAUGCUAAGUUUUCGCGCAAUCACGUCGCGUGAUGUGGGACCGAUUGAGGGGUAACGGUGUUGCGAUUAUAUGUGUAACAGGUAAUCCGAUAAUAAAUAAUUAUUUAUACAUAGCGUAA